AUGGAAGUUGGGAGUGCCGCCGUGGGUACCUUGCAGGACGCCCUCCAGAGCGAGGAGGCACUGCUGCUGCCACAGCCGCAGGCGCUAAACUCUGCACCACCGCUGCCGCGCCGCACAAAGCUGGUGUUCUUAUACAGCAGUGACGAUGAAGACGAUGGCGACGGCGAGGUGCUACGAAACGGGAAGGCGGCCGUAGAGGAGGCGGCGGUGCUGAACCCACCACCGGAGGAGCUCCACGCGAUGCGGCGUGAGGCGGAGGAAGCGGAGAAGACGAAUUCGGGUGCUGCUCUUGACGAGAUGCCGCUGUUCAUGGAAGAUACAGCGGGGGAGGCUGGUGCGCUGGAGCCAUUGGUCCCGCGUAGCCGCGUGAAGGUGGUGGACGCACUGCCGCUCCGCGACGGUGGCGGGGCUGGCAACAACGGCGCCCCGUUGCGGCGGCAUUUGAGCGUGGAGGAGGCGGAGCGGCUCUCUCACGCCCGUAAACGUUUCCGUGAGGAGGAAGAGAGGGACGUGGAUGACGACGUUGCGACCGACAGUGAGAGAGUGGUGUGCGAGCCGCGGCCGGUAGUCGAUGACGAAGGGCUUGUACGGGCUGUGGAGGUUGGCGGCUACCAGCUGACCGUUGACGAGGGCGAGCUGCAGGACUCCGGCGAGGAGGGCGGAGAGCGGGAAGGGGAGCCGGGNCAGCGGGGCGACGAGGAUGACGGCUAUGUGCUCGACGACGAUGAUAAUGGCGACGACGAAGACGAGGAGGAUGAGGAGGAUGAGGAACUCGACGCGGCGCUGGUCGUUGCAGUUGUGGAGCAGUUAAUCCGCUGCUGUGAGAGCGACGAGCUUGACGAGGCGCUGCGUGACGACAGCCGCUCCUUCCUCGAGCGGGCGAAGCCGUGCUUGGAGCAGCUGAACGCCGGCGAGCUUGACCCGUUUGCCUUCGGCGAGGCGAUGCGCAGCGACAUCUUGCGGCUGCAGCGCGCCUUCCGGCGGUCCUGCCGACCCAAAGACGCGCCCAUCGUUAUUGACGGCGUUGUAAUGGACAUGUGA